AUGGAUACCGAAAGAUCAGAACUAGCGGAGCACGUCAGACAGACUGAACACGAGAUCAAUUGGAAGGCAACAGAAAUGGCAAAACUCACUAAUGAUGCCGACUAUGAUAUCGACGAAAAGUAUGAGAAUGUGCCAAGUCCACUGUCUGAUGCGGGACUCAUGACAACUACUAUGGCAGACGACUUAAGACUAGGUGUGUUCUACUAA